UGACUAUUCGUCCUCUCUCACCGCUAGUCCUCUUUGAUAGUCUUGAUCUAUUAGCUGUGCGCCUGUGCCUCACCGCCGGCGACGGGGCACAGCAAAGCCACUCCCCUCUCGCCGGAAUCUGCCCGCCUCAUCCUCCUCCCUGCUUGUGCGGGUACUGGACCGCCGCGGGGCGGGCAUCCAUCCGGACCUGCUCCAUUCCUUCUCGCGUACCCUUCCUCCUUUUGCUCGUUCGUCCUCCCCAUCGCGCAAGUUCAACCCCAGUUGACGCCGUAGGAGAAUCGGCGGCGCCCUAGGUGUUUGCGCGGAAUUUAGGUGUUUGCGCGGAAUUUAUUUUCCAGACGAUUUGGGGGAUUUAGCCGAACCCUAUGCCCCGCGUUAAGCCUGCCGCCGGCAUGCCCGCUUACCACCACCGGGCGCUCCCCGGCCCCGGGCAGGGUCCAGUUCCCGCGGCGCACGGGAUGAUGCACCGGGAGGUCCGUGACCCGUACGGGCCGGGGAUGCACCUGCCGCCGCCGGGGCACGGGCACGGGCACGGGCUCGGGCCCGGGCCGUUCCCCUACGACAUGCUGCCGCCGCCGGAGGUCCUGGAGCAGAAGCUCGCGGCGCAGCGGGGGGAGAUGCAGAAGCUGGCGGUGGAGAACGACCGGCUCGCGGUGAGCCACGGGUCGCUGAGGAAGGAGCUGGCGGCGGCGCAGCAGGAGCUGCAGAGGCUGCAGGCGCAGGGGGAGGCCGCGAAGGCCGCCGAGGAGCAGGAUAUGAGGGGGCUCCUUGACAAGGUUGGGAAGAUGGAGGCCGAGCUGAAGGCCUGCGAGUCCGUGAAGGUGGAGCUGCAGCAGGCGCACGCGGAGGCGCAGAACCUUGUGGCGGUGAGGCAGAACAUGGUGGCGGACGUUCAGAAGCUGAGCAAGGACCUGCAGAGAAACCUCGGCGAGGCGCAGCAGCUUCCAGCGCUUGUUGCUGAACGGGAUGCUGCUAGACAAGAAUAUGAGCACCUAAGGUCUACAUAUGAGUAUGAAAGGAAACUCAGGGUGGAUCACUCCGAAUCAUUGCAGGCAAUGAAAAGGAAUUACGACUCCAUGGUUACAGAGCUGGAAAAACUUCGUGCGGAGUUGAGGAAUGCAGCUAAUAUUGACAAAAGUGGCAUUUUCUACAAUCCCAUUACUAGUCAAAAGGAUGAUGGUACAUCUAGCCAUCUUUCUGUUGGACAAAUUGCUUAUGAUGGUUAUGGAAGAGCACAGGCAAGGACAACUCCUACUGGUCUGGUAGACCCUUUAAGUGGAAGCCCAGCUGGAACUGGUCUUCAUUCUGGAUUUGAUCCAUCAAGAGGCAAUACAUAUGAUGCUUCUCGUGUUGCCAGUUUCAGUUCUUCAAAAUCUGGAACCCAUGAUGUAUCAAGGGUUGCCUCUGGCUUUGACUCUUUGAAGAGUGCUGGGUAUGACGCUUCAAAGGCACAGGCAGCAGCUACUGUGGCUCAUGGGAGCAGUGCUGGUUCCUAUGGAUCCAAUCAGGCAACGCCGCCUCAAUAUGCAUGGGUACAAUCUGCAUCCACCUACGGAUCUGUACAGAUGCCACCAUCAUAUGCACCUGGAUCUGUCCCAUCAUCCUACGGCGUGGCAACAGUUCGUCCCUAUGGCUCAGCUCAGGCACUACCAUCAUACGGACAAGCACAGGCACCAGCUGGGUAUGGACACACACAGCUACCGUCAUCCUAUGGUCUAGCACAGGCACCGUCUGCCUUUGGUUGCACAGGGUUCCUCUCCCUAUGGGUUGGCCACACAGCCUCCAGUCUAUGGGUCUGGGCGAGCAGCAGGUAAUUCUGGAAGUAAUUAUGAAGCUCCUCAUGGACGCAAAUAAUUUGGGGACAUUUGUAUCGAUGUGGGCUUAUUUGCAAAAGAGAGCUUUGUACACCCGAAUCCUUUCUGCAGUUUACUGAAACGGUGUUGUUUAACUGCUCUGAGAUGUGAGAAGGAUCUCUGUCACAAACAGUAAAAGAUAAUCUUUGUAAUUAUACAUCUUGAUUCUUCUAAAGCAUUUUUAUUCAAUAGAAUAGGGAAUUCUGACAUGA